AUGUCAUACGAAAUAUUCAUGGGGGAUGCGAGUCUUCAAUUGUGUGCAUUGUCAAGUCGUAACGCAGCAGAUGAUUUCAGUGUAGCGGUGAUUCCGGAAUCUAGAAUCAUUGGUAUCCGUGUGACCUCUAGAAUGCGUGCUUCUGGUGCAAGACCUACGUGCUCCCGCUGCUCUAGGCGUUUCACCAAAGAAGGCGGGAAAGGACUCAUAAGACAGAAAGCAUGUCAUGGUUGUGCAAGCUCCAAAGUGCGAUGCGAUAUUCAAAAGCCGACUUGUGGCAGAUGUCGUGACCGCAAUCUUAAUUGUGAAUAUUUGAUCGUAGACGAACGCAGAAAUGACGUUUUGCAGCGAUCGUCGAGAAUCAAGGAGAGAGGGCAAGUUGACGAGCCGUUACCUACUCACCAUCUGACUGAGAAUCACCAUGUGUUAAGACUCCCUCAUCAACCAGGGCUUUCUGAUGGAUCUACAUCUUCUUCAGCAUCUUCUGGGGCUUAUAAGGACGCACUUAGAAAUGGCGAAGAUAUCCAAACAAGUGUAUCUUCAACAUUAGAAGUCAUGCAAGAUCAGAAUUCCAACAAUCAUCUCUUUAUCAGUACUGCAACGCACACGGAUCCUGGCACAGAUGAGUUCCAAUCAGCAUUGUCAACGGAACUGGAGCCAGUGGGAUUGGACUUUUCCUUGCCAGGGACCCCACCAGACCUGCGCAUCUCUGAACAUCGUCGUCGGGUUCUACUGGGAAUUGCAGCGCGUCAAACAAGUACACAAGCAGGUGAAACUGCUCCAACUCUCACAUCGAACCAUACUAUGCAUUUCGUCAUCAGGGUUCUCAAGUCGUGGCCACGUACUAUGGCCAUGCACUACACAGAUAAUUUACCGCCAAUAAUUCACAAAGUACAGCUAGAAAAGGGUGUCCCUGAGCCUUUGGCAUACUGCUUCACGCUAGUAAGAAUGUGGGCUGGAUACGCGGAUGGGAGUCGAGAGUUGGUUCUGCAAACAAUACUUAAGGAAGUUCGAAGACUGAAUGAUGAGUAUCCUUACUAUGACGAGAUGAAUCUUCUUGCAGCUGUACAGUCCUUGAUAAUACUUCUGAUAAUCCUGUUCUUCGGACUUGGUCAGUCUGAAGCAUUAGCUCAUCCCAUUGAUGGUCAGCUACUUGUUGAUGCAUGGGAAAUGAAACAUACACUCGCGGCGACAGGUCUCUUCUUGGAUCAAGAGCUUGACCAUACUUUACCAUCGUGGAAAGACUGGGCGGUAGUAUCUGCUAAGCGUAGAACGAUAUUAGCUCUCCAUCAUCUUGAAUGGGCAUGGUCUCACUUGCACGGUUACCCGCUUCUCACAUGUCUUUCGCUUGGUCCAUUCCCGGCUCCUGCUGCUCGAUAUCUGUGGCAGGCUGGUAAUGAGCAGGAGUGGCAAACUUCGUAUCGCAGAUGGCUUGUACAAUGGGUUGGUGGCGUUUAUAGGAUGCUCGAGCUCUUUUAUAUCGAUCCUGGUGUUCCCUUGAGCGUGAGGUGCGAGAUGUGGUUAGGGGAGGUUGAUGAAUUUGGUAUGAUGCUUAUGGCUGAAGGUGCACACUUCUCUCCUGCCUAUGAAAACCUGUCUGAUCGCAAGCUAAUAUACUCGACAAGUUAA